CUUUCACAGAGAAGAGCAAAUAGUCUGAGUGGUGUAGCAUGGCCGCUGCCUUCAGGAGUGCCGAAGUUUAACUAAUAUUUAGGUACCGAGUGUAAAUACAGUAAGCGGCUAGAUAUACAGUUUACAGUAGGCUACUUACACUUAGAGGAGCUCUGAUAGCUCAUCCAGUAUUAUUUUUCCCAUGAGUCGAGUCUGGAUUUACCUGUUCUCUGCGCUAUGUGCGCUUGUCUUGACAGGUGUGCAUCAGGUGGAGGGGAUGGAGAUGUUUACACCCUCGGAGUUGGAAGCGGUCAAUGGGACAGAUGUAUGGCUCAAAUGUACAUUUAAAUCUACUCAUCCGCUCUCUGAAGAAAGAGUCUCUGUUUCCUGGAGCUUCCAACCGCUCGGAAACACGGCAGGAGAAUCGUUUUUUCACUACCAACAAAGGGCAUAUCUCCCGACAGCAGGCAUUUUUAAGGAUCAUGCUGUAUGGUCUGGUGAUAUAAUGAAGGGUGACGCAUCCAUCACGCUAAAGAAUGUGCAGUUCAGAUUUAAUGGUACCUACAGUUGCCAGGUCAGAAAUCCGCCCGACAUCCAUGGUUUUGUGGGCGAGAUCAGCCUCAGAGUCGUUGAAAAAGUUUCUUUCUCUGAAAUUGGAAUUCUGGCAAUAGCUGUGGGUGGAUCCAUUGGCGUUGUUCUCCUGAUCCUCAUCAUUUAUAUUGUUGUGCGGGUAUUCCGGAGACAGGAAGAUGACAUGGCUGUUGACAUGGAGAACUACAAAUCAAAAGAUCAGGUGCUGUGAAAGAGGAAACAUGACUCAGGGUUUUAGUGAGUCUGUGCUGUUAGUUUUCUGUCUGGACUCACCCAUUUAUAACUGCAAGUGAUUACAUAUUUCAACAGGAUUUUAUAAUUAUAUGAUAUAACUAUGUAGAUGGCAAACUGAUCGGUAGAAGCUUACUUUCUUCUACUCAUAAUUUUACAGAGAGAUGUUUUUAGUUAUCAUAACCUUUUUUAUUUUUUAAGGUGAGGUCAAAUUUUAUCCAUCUUUUGUAUUCUUAAAAAGAUUACAGAUAUUAUGUUUUUGUAUAUGCAUAUAUGUAUAGAUUUGAGUAUUGCUGCCAGUAAGUAGGUACAUGCCAUUCUUUAUUCUGCGUUUGUCUGUUGCACUGCUUUGAAGAAGUUUGUAUCAUCAUACAUACAGUAAACCUGUGCAAAAAAACCCUAACCAUUUAAGUGAGCAAUAUAAAUUCUAAAGCUAGUAACAUAUUUUGUAAAUAAAGGUGGAAGGGAUGGAUCAAAGAGAAACUGCCUGAAAAGAAAAUAUUGAACAAAUGUACUGCCCAUCUCAAAUCUUCAGUGUUCUGGAAUUCUCCUCAUCCUUUAAUCCUACUGUAUUUGUCUCUGUUUUAUUACAUUACAGCUGUAUAAGAUUUUACAAAUACAUUUAUAUUAGACACAUUUUAAAAAGUAAAUAAAAUCUUUGAUUUUUUGGUGAA